AUGCUGCAAUCUAAGCUCGUGGGCAAGAAAUUCGUCGACCUAGUCCGAGGCAUGGAUCAGAGAGCCACAUUUUUGGCUAAAUUGGAGCGGAUCGAUCCGGUUGCAACUCAGCCUGCUGCCUCUGCUCCCGAUACCAAGAAAACAGCAGUCUCUUCAUCAAAUACAUACGAAGAUGACCCCGACUUCAGAUUUGAAAGGAAGAGAGGCAAACGGCAUGUCAUGAACCGACUGAGGAACGAACGUCUACAGGGCAUUUCUAUCCUCGCCACUCCUCAAGCAGAUGAUGAUGCGGGUCGCCUUUUGAUCGAUUCAUUGGACAUCGGCAAACGAAAGACAGUCACUCGGGUAAGGUUGAUUGUACCUAAAUCACUUUCUCAAUCAUCCGAAGUAGAUGCAAAGCUCAAAGGAGUCCGUGAAUUCCUCAAUAUGUAUUUAGGCCCACUGAUUUGGGCCAAUCCCACCGUCGACGUAUCUCUAACCUACGAUUCUAAUCAAACUUCCUCUAGUCUGAGGAUGGAAUCUGAGGAGGGUUCUGGACCCACUGAAAUUAAUCUGGAUAGUCUUAGUCGAUCUGAAAUUUUGCAAUUGAUCCUGAAUUAA